AUGGUUCGUAGCAAGCUCUUGGCCAAGUUCCCGACACGGCAGGAACCACCGAUAGAUUUUCAGGGAAUAACGCCGCCGCCUGACAUUUCCAUUGAUGGCGUGUACCAGGCCCUCAACUCUAUGAAACGAGGGGCUGGACCGGGGCCAGAUGGUAUCCGGGCCGAUUUUCUGAGGGAGUUGAUGGGUCAUGAAGGAACGCCCUUCCUAGGAGCGACAAAGGAUUUCGCAGACGACUCGUCUUGUGGCCACUACACUACUGACGCAGUCCCGUGCUUGUUGGGUCGCGCGGCCACAGGUCCGCGGUCUGCAGAGGCGGACACGGCCCUGGCAUACGGGAAGCGGGGCGCAGACGCUGGCCACCUGCUUCGGAGGCAGAAAGAAAGCCUCCUCAGCGAGCUGCCCAGCGUCUGCGCCCCGAGUGAAACGACAAAUGUGGAAUAUCUAGACAAUCUGCAGCCUGAGCUGAUCGAACAUGUCUCCACGUUCGUAGAUGCAACACCAAUCCGUGCAACUGCAUCCAAGUACUGCAAGAUGCUGGAUGCAGAGAGGUUAUGUGCCUUGCGACAAGACGAGCGAAGACUUCCAAAGAGAAGCCGCUUGCGCAAAACCGGGCAGUGCAAACACCGCUCUCUUUGGGAUGCUUGGGAUUCCUGGUGCAAGAGCUUUGGCUUGGGCUUGGGCGAUUUGAUCUUCACAGAGUGCAUUCGCCCGUGUAAGAUUUAG